AUGGACUCUAAAUGGACAGCAGAACGAGAUGCUGAAGCUGUAAAAAUUUUAACUGAUGACGCUUCUGUAAAUAAAGAUAGGCGGUAUUAUCACGUUCGUGAGAAAUUUGAUUUAAUCGAGGUAGCUGGCGUUCGACGAGUGCGACGGAAACGCGAUCAACGUAUUAUGGCAGUAGUCGACAGUUUCCAUAGUAUUAUCCGUGACAUGCAUGUGGCCAGUGGACAUAAAGGUGAGACGAAAACACACAAGAAAAUAAUGGAGCAUUACUCUAAUAUUACUAUGGCUGAUGUAAAAACUUAUAUCGCUAAUUGUGAAAGGUGUGCGGAAAAAUAA